AUGCCGCUGCCAAGUCAGAACCAACUGCACGGCUACUACGUGGCGCGAUGUGGCCACCACGAAGUGCUCAGGCCACAUCGAGCAGCAUUGACGCUGCUGGCAGAGGACACCACAUCACAUGCAGAGAGGCUCGCCGGCGAAGCUGCGGAGCGAUACGUGGCCGUAGCAGACCUAGAGCAGAUCGAGGACAAAGAGGAGGGAGCGGCGCGCGCGCGUGAGCGGGCUGCCGUCAUUCCUCUUGCAACCCAGCGCACGUUCCGGCUUGCCGAGCCGGGUGGAAAAGCCGCCCUCUCUCCGCUCUACAUCGGUGCGCGUGGUCUCCUGCCCAUAUUGGACCUGAUUGCGGAGCUCCCACUCGUCGAAACGGUGGAUCUGUCAAAUGUGGCGUCUUGGUACGACAACGACACCUUCGCCGGCUCGUCGCAAGGCAGCGUUUCGGGCAAUGACGUAGUUGCCCACCUGUGCGCUAUCCUUCCGCGCCUGCGCUUCCUGCACACCCUCGACUUGAGCGGCCAGCCGCUGGGCAGCAUCGCCGUCGCCCAUCUGCUGGAAACCAUCAGACAGCUGCCUACGGUGGUACAUGUAGACUUUGACACCACCAACGUCGAUCCGUGCCUCAUCCGUGCCUUCCAGCAGACGCUGGAUGAGCACCAACUACGCCCACGCCCGCACAUGCCCACUACCAAAGCGGUGGCAAAGGCUUAUGAGAUUCCGGUCUACAUCAAAGCGCUUCCUCGACUGGAUCGAAAAACAGUUCGCGAACAGCAGGUGCUGCGAGCUCUCCUCUCUGAGGACUCCAGCUUCACGAGCGCGGUGACGGGGGUGGAGAUGAGCGGCAUGGUACUCACGGCGCGCGUGAUGAGCACGGCAGAGGCGGUCUUUCGGUGCGGGGACAAGGGCAUCCGCGGAGACGGGCAGCAUCUGUUCAUCCUCAAGAGUGGAACACUGCGUGUGUACACUGACCUCGAGGGCUUCGUGUUGUCACGCGGCGACUACUUUGGCGACUCCUACCCCUUCGUGCUGCUGCCGUGCUCGCGGCUAGAAGAGGAGGAACGGGGGGUUGUGUAUGCCAUACCACUUUGCUCGUCUACUACUGUGUUGGCCCACUGGGCAACUCGCCUGGCAGCCGCGUGGCCAUGGCUGCACCAGAUUCCGAUCAUGCACGCUGUGGGGGCGUGGACGUGCAUGCGGGCCUGCACGUGCAGCGAGUUUGUCGCAUCGGAGCCGAAAGACACGAUUGUCGAGGCGGGAGAUGGCGGAGAGGCAAUCUACGUGGUCUGCGACGGCUCUUUCUCCGCGCUGGACGCUCGCGGGGGUGAGGAGGCGCGCUACAACACUCGGAGCGUGCGAAGUGUUUUUACACGCUUCGACGUCUUUGGCAUUGAGGCGCUCGUCUCUCGCAAGCGCCAAAGCUCCGUCUGCAUCAAGGCAGGAAAAGAGAAAGACGUGCUCUAUCGCACCUUGGUUGUGCGGGGUUGCGGUGUGCGCGUGCUUCACCGCCAACUGCGUCCCGUCUUCAUAUCGCUGGCUCGAGGUUACUCGCUACACGAGGACCUCUGCGCCGGCGGCACCACAGGGUGA